CGCGUGCGAAAGCGAAUCAAAGCGGGUAGCUAACUACACUCGUGCAUGUCUGCCUGAAUGGGACAAUUAGCAAUUGAUUGGCAUUCGAUACUGAGCGAUUGGACGGAGAGCAGUUGACAUGGCUGAGAUAAUGGAUGAUGGGGAACGAGAUUCGAUCGUUAAUAGUUUAAACAAUGAGCUGCACAUACUCAAGGAGCAGCUGCGAGAACGCGACUGUGAACUGGUCAAAUUGCAUCGUGAAAUACACAAGCUGAAGAGCGUGCUGCAGCAAACCACCAGCAGCCAUGUGAGCUUGUCCAACAGCCAACAGCCGCCGGAGCAGUGCGGCGAGGUGAGCAGCAGUCGAGAACAUGAGCAUGUGUGCAGCGCCUGCGGUCUGGUUAUGCCAGCCAGCAAUGGCAAUGAAAUGCAGAACACAAAAGUAGCACCAGCACCAGCAGCAGCAGCAGCAGCAGCAGCAGCAGCAGCAGCAGCAGCAGCAGCAGCAGCAGCAGCAGCAGCAGCAGCAACAGCAGAAACAGCAGAAACAGCUGCAGCAACUGAAACAGUAACCGACACUGCAACAACAGUGGACAAUACAUUAAAAGCAGAUGUGGCAACAUCGGAUGAAGUGCGUCCAAAACCGCUGCUGGCGGCCAUCAAAAAGCAGGGCGUCUCCGCGGAGAGUUCUGUUCAGUCCAAGCAACAGUCCUACAAUGCAACCAUACCCAAAUACGACAAAGACUUCAGCGCCAAGCAGCAGAUCAAGGAUGCCAUCAUGGACAACGAUUUCCUGAAGAACAUCGAUGCCUCGCAGGUGCGCGAACUGGUGGACUCCAUGUACUCCAAGAGCAUAGAGUCGGGUGAGUUUGUCAUCAGAGAAGGCGACGCCGGCGCCCAUUUGUAUGUCUCGGCUGCGGGCGAAUUCGCUGUCAUGCAGCAGGGCAAGGUGCUGGACAAGAUGGGGCCGGGCAAAGCAUUUGGUGAACUGGCCAUACUCUACAACUGCACACGCACCGCCUCCAUACGAGUCAUCAGUGAUGAGGCGCGGGUCUGGGUGCUGGAUCGUCGCAUUUUUCAGCAGAUUAUGAUGCGCACCGGGCUGCAGCGCAUCGAGAAUAGCGUGAAUUUCUUGAAGUCGGUGCCGCUAUUGCGCAAUCUCAGCGAACAGCUGCUGGCCAAGAUUGCGGAUGUGCUGGAAUUGGAAUUCUAUGCGGCGGGCACGUAUAUCAUACGACAGGGCACAGCGGGCGAUAGCUUUUUUCUCAUCUCGCAGGGCAAUGUGAGGGUUACGCAAAAGCUGACGCCAGCAGCGCUGGAGGAGACGGAGCUGCGCACUUUGGGUCGUGGCGAUUACUUUGGCGAACAGGCGCUCAUCAAUGAGGAUAAGCGCACUGCCAAUAUCAUUGCGCUGGCGCCGGGCGUGGAAUGCCUCAGCCUCGAUCGGGAUUCGUUUAAGCGCCUCAUCGGCGAUCUUUGCGAGCUAAAGGAGAAGGAUUAUGGCGAUGAGGAUCGCAUGCUGGCCAUGAAGCAGGCUCAGGCCCACAACGAGGAGUCGUUCGGUGCGCAGGCGCAACAGGAGUAUCCGGAUUUGCAGUUAACCGAUCUUGAGGUGGUCAGCACACUUGGCAUUGGGGGCUUUGGCCGAGUCGAGUUGGUAAAGGCGUAUCAUCAAGGUCGAGAGGACAUCUUUGCGCUGAAGUGCCUGAAGAAGCGACACAUUGUGGACACCAAGCAGGAGGAUCACAUCUAUAGCGAGCGCAGCAUUAUGCUCAGCUCCAAUUCUCCCUUCAUCUGCCGUCUCUAUCGAACAUUCCGCGACGACAAGUACGUGUAUAUGCUGCUAGAGGCGUGCAUGGGCGGCGAGAUCUGGACAAUGCUGCGCGAUCGUGGCUCCUUUGACGACAAUGCAGCACAGUUUAUCAUUGGCUGUGUCCUGCAGGCCUUCGAGUAUUUGCAUGCGCGUGGCAUACUCUACCGGGACCUCAAGCCGGAGAAUCUCAUGUUGGAUGAGCGCGGCUAUGUGAAGCUGGUGGAUUUUGGGUUUGCCAAGUAUAUUGGGAACAGCGCCAAAACGUGGACGUUUUGCGGCACGCCGGAGUAUGUUGCCCCAGAAAUUAUUCUCAACAAGGGCCACGAUCGCGCCGUGGACUAUUGGGCUCUGGGCAUACUCAUACACGAGCUGCUCAAUGGCGCACCACCCUUCACCGCUCCCGAUCCCAUGCAGACUUAUAACCUGAUCCUAAGAGGCAUCGACAUGAUCACAUUUCCCAAACACAUUUCCCGCUGGGCUGUGCACCUGAUUAAGCGUCUCUGCCGGGAUGUGCCCUCCGAACGUUUGGGCUAUCAAACUGGAGGCAUACAGGAUAUCAAAAAGCACAAAUGGUUUCUCGGCUUCGACUGGGAUGGCUUGUCCAGUCAGCUGCUGAUACCGCCCUUUGUGCGACCUAUUGCUCAUCCCACGGACGUGCGUUACUUUGAUCGGUUUCCCUGUGAUCCCAGUGAGCCACCGGAUGAGCUUUCUGGCUGGGAUGUCGACUUUUAGCCUUAUAUUUUCUAAGUCUAUACCCUGUACAGACUAAACCCAAGACCAAGUAGCAGAUGAAAUCGCAAUUCAUUUUAGACAAAUGUCUUUCCGCUUAGAAAGGUGAGC